CCAACCACUGACAGUUAUUGUUAACCUAUGCAUGUGAUUAUCGCGAUUCCACCCCAAUUUUCAUAUCAUAUAUUUUAAACAAUGACAAUUCACGUUGUGUGCGUGAGUUAGCAACCCCACUUUACCACGGAACACCCCUCAGCAACACAGUUACCAUGUAAAAACUAACCUAAAAUUUUGAAAAUUUUAAUGGGAAUCUCUUCGCGCCCCAAUGAAGAAUAAAAAUUUUAUCCGAUUUCUAUUCGGUAUUAUAAUCGUCAGUUUAUUUUUGAUAAUAUUCAGGCAGCACAAGCCCGAGACAAUCCAAAAUAUUGUCUCUACAACACAUCAACAAAUCCAAAAUUUUAAGGACACGUUUCGGGAUGCGGACACCAAAGCGCUUGUUGCUGAUGAAAAAUAUUUAAAUUUGUUGGGGUUUACGGAUAGUCCAAGGUUGUAUCCUAAUGACAUUUGGAGGAAUACUUCACUGCCAGUGAUCGUGACGUAUGUGAUGGAAGGCCAGGAGAGUCAAGCAGUGGGAUUAAUUAAUAACAUCGGAAGGGUGCUACCAAAUAAUACUAUUUUGGUGUAUAAUUUGGGGCUGGGUAAUUACGGAUUAAAAACGCUUUUAAAUUAUUGCAACAACAGUAGGUGUCAGUCGUUGAGCUUCAGUCUGUCAGAAUUUCCAUCACAUGUGGAUGAAGAGAGCAUACGGGCUUAUAGACCUUUAGUAAUUCAGGAUGCUCUUCAACGCACCGGCGCCAUCCUUUUCCUCGAGUGCAGCUACCGCUUCUCCCGCCACCUCACCCACGACCUCAUAAUGGACCUCUUCGAGCGUCGGGCGAAGUCCCACGGGAUCCUCACUUGGCCCAUGUCACUCAGGAACCCCGUUUCCAGCCUGACGCACAAGAAGAUGUUUCAGUACUUCCACACCGACGCCGAAAAUUUCCUCUUCUUGCAGAUGAUCAACGCCGACAUCUUGCUCAUCGUCAACACGAAAUCGGUGCACAACGACAUCAUGCUACCUUGGGUCAAGUGCGCGCUCACUCAAGACUGUAUAGUGCCCAUUGGGGCGCAGUCGGCCGGGUGCCGCUUCGACAAGAAGCCGCAGUACAGAUACACCGGGUGCCAUAGUUACGAUACGUCAGCGCUCAAUAUAGUUCUAGGACUGAAAUUUAAUAUGGACGGCAGUCAGUACAUGUACAGUGACGGAGAGAAGCUGUUCGAGACGGUGGAGUUGAGCAAAGCGGAGGCUUUGCUGAGGGAGUUCGAGCAGAAUAUUACCACGGAGGGCAGGUUUCUGUCUUUUGAUACGUAAUCGAGAUAAUGUAUCGGACCAAAUUCUGUGUGAUAAUAAUGUAAAACGUCAAAGUUAUUCCUUUUCGAAACCAAAUAUGCCAAGCACUUGUUGAUAGGAGGAUCUGGACAGGGCGAACCUGUCGUCGUUUGUUUCGUUUUUUUUUUAUUUUGUUCAAUGUUUUUAAAGCAUCUUCCUUGUCGAUAGUGGCAAUUGUACAUAAAGACAGGCUAUGUCAAGUCACAUACGUUUCAUUUUUGUACCGCUGAUAGUUUGUAAAUAGUUAUUUAUUUUUUGUUGUAACUGAAAUGCUUAUUUAAGAAAUAAAAUUAUCCGAAUUUA